AUGGCGGGCGAGGCGCAGUGCCUCAGCUACGCGGGGUGCAACUUCCUGCGGCAGCGGCUGGUGCUGUCCACGCUCAGCGGGCGGCCGCUCAAAAUCCGCAAGAUCCGCGCCAAGGAGGAGGACCCCGGCCUCCGCGAUUUUGAAGCAAGUUUUAUUCGCCUGAUUGACAAAGUGACCAAUGGCUCUCGGAUUGAAAUAAACCAAACAGGUACUACCUUGUAUUAUCAGCCUGGUCUUCUGUACGGAGGCUCAUUGGAACAUGACUGCAGCCCUAGUCGUAGUAUUGGCUACUAUUUGGAAAGUCUGCUCUGCUUGGCCCCUUUCAUGAAACAUCCAUUGAAGAUUGUCCUGCGGGGAGUAACAAAUGAUCAAGUAGAUCCUUCGGUUGAUGUCCUUAAGGCAACAGCUCUACCCCUACUGAAGAAAUUUGGAAUUGAUGGUGAAAGUCUGGAAAUCAAGAUCAACCGGAGAGGAAUGCCUCCCAAAGGGGGUGGAGAGAUACUGUUUGCUUGCCCAGUGAGAAAGGUCUUGCAGCCUAUUCAGUUCACAGACCCUGGCAAAAUCAAGCGCAUCAGAGGAACUGCAUACUCUGUCAGAGUGUCGCCACAGAUGGCAAACAGAAUGGUGGAAUCUGCAAGGAGCAUCCUGAAUAAAUUCCUCCCGGACAUUUAUAUCUACACGGAUCAUAUGAAGGGGGUCAGCUCUGGAAAAUCACCAGGUUUCGGCAUGUGCCUUACUGCAGAAACCAUCAAUGGCACUAUUCUCAGUGCUGAGCUAGCCUCAGACCCUCAGGGCCAGGGAGCAGCUGUGCUUCCCGAGGAACUUGGUCAGAAUUGUGCUAAGCUGUUGCUUGAGGAGGUCUACAGGGGAGGCUGUGUAGAUUCAACAAAUCAGAGCCUUGCUCUGCUGCUCAUGACCCUUGGACAACGGGAUGUUUCCAAAGUCCUGUUAGGACCUCUGUCUCCAUACACAAUUGAGUUUCUGCGACACCUGAGAAGCUUCUUCCAGAUCAUGUUUAAAAUUGAAACAAAGACCCCUGAGGAAGAGCACAUGGGUGGGGAGAAAGUCUUAAUGACGUGUGUUGGCAUUGGAUUUUCCAACCUUAGCAAAACUAUAAGAUAAGAAACAUCUGCAGACUUCAUGAAAUGGGGUGACAGAAAACGCUGCAAAGAUCUGAUAAAACCUGCCUUUCCCUGUGCUUAUGCUGGCACAGGGAAACCAGUGAUGAUUCCAGUGCAGAGGCACCCAAGCUUGCUGCAUGUAAACAAUAAAGCUGACUUUAGGCUAUUUAGACCUGUGCUGUUUAUAAAUGCAAUGCCAGUAUUCUGUGCUGCAUGGAGUGGCUGGCUGGAGUCUCAGCUGCCUUGGGACUCUUUGCACUGUAUUCCACUGCAUGGGACACAAGUGCCUCGUAUGUCCCUGUGCCCUCAAGCCUUAAUGCAGUGGGUGCUCUAGUUUUAUGUAUCUACAGACUUCACUCAGCAUUUUCUGAAAGGUUUAGAUAGAGAGGGAAAACAAGAUUGACCAAAACGAGCUUUGCAGUGCAACACAAAUGAUCACAACAGAAACAUUAGAUUCUUGAGGUAAUUGCAGAGACAAUAUUGGCAUGGAAAUAAAAGUAAAGGUGUGACAAUUUUUUGUUUAUACAUUGCAUGUGUAUAGAAUUUGUCAAAUGCUUCACUCCGGCUUACGUUGACUAAAUUACAGUUUCACAGGAAGAAAAAAAAAUCUGUCUUUUAAUUUUCCUUAAUGUUAGAAUACUGCAGAAGAGAUCACAGCCUGUACUGACUUGUUUUAGCGUCCUCUGCAAAGAUGGACAUGGGAGGAGAAACCUCCUUGACAGUUUUUGACUUAUUGCAUAUAUUCUUUUUUAGGUUUGUUUGGCAUGCCACACACUGCAGUUCACAAUUCGUUGUGAAAGGUAGCAAAAAAAAGCUGUAGGCUUUGAGGGAGAAAAAUAUAUUCAGUUAUGCCAUCACAUUUUGUGCAGUUGCUCCCUUUUGAAUGAGGGGAUAAUGGUGUAUGGGCACUGCUUGGAUUGACAGGUGCAGAAGGUUUCUACCGGGAUAUAAAUACUUACCCAAGAAAGGCUUUUGGUAGAUUCCAGGCAAACCUGCUGAAGUUAAUGCUGAACUCCUGAUACAAGGAAAGAAAAUUAUCCUUGACUUCAGACUCCACUCAGCGUGUCUGGAGUAAAAUAAAACCAUGUCAAAAGCUGGUAUAUAUAGAGAGAGGAAAUACUAGUGACUGUGUUAUAAUGGUCUUACAAACUUUAUCUGAUGCCACUGUAAAGUGGGCAUUACCUCUGUAAUAUGAAAAAUGUAUAUUGGACCCAAAAGGACUUUGACAAAAAUUUAGGUAUUUGAUUAGUGUUUUAUUAACUAUUGCAGGCUGUGUGAGUCAUUUUUGUACUGUACUUUGUUCUUGUUGCAAUCUGUCUGAACGUGUUUUGGAAAAAUAAAGUAUU